GGAAGAUGGCUGACAGCGCAGCGCUGGCAGCGAAGAGAUGCGACUCUGGCUCCCUGUCCUCCGUGAGUAUGGACACCAUCUCCUCCCUGACGGAGCUGGAGGACCUGGAGAGAGUUUACCAGCAGCUCUGCUCGGAGGAGAAAGAAGUGGAAGCUGAGCUGGAUAGGCUGGUAGGACAGGAAGGAUCUAUUCACAAAAAGAUGUUGGCGCUGCAGAGGAUGGGGCCCAGUCUGCAGUUGAUUGCAGGAGACGCCAGCCAGCUGUCGGGCAUGACCACAUUUACCUGCAGCCUGGCUGAAAAUGUUAGCCGUAAAGUCAGACAGCUUGACCUGGCUAAGACACGACUGUAUAACGUCAUCCAGCGUGCUGAUGAUAUCCUCGAUCUGAAGUUCUGCACAGACGGAGUGCAGACAGCUCUGCGUAAUGAAGACUAUGAACAGGCUGCUGCACACAUCCAUCGAUACCUGUCUCUGGACCAGUCGGUUAUUGAGCUGAGCAGACAGGGAGAAGAGAGCAGCGCCGUGGACGCCAGUCUGGUCUUGCUGCAGGAAGCCGAACAGAAACUGAAGGUCAUCGUUGCUGAGAAGCUUGAUGAGGCUGUAGCAGCAGUUGACCUCACGCAGGUGGAGAGGUUUUUCAAGAUCUUCCCUCUGCUGGGCCUCCACCAGCAGGGCCUGGCCCGUUUUGGUCAAUAUCUCUGCAGUCAGCUUGCUUCCAAAGCUGAGGAGAAUCUACUUUUAGCAACAGGAGGAAAUCUGGGCGAGAAAAGAGCUCUGCUUAUAUUUGCAGACACACUGACACUGCUGCUGGAAGGUAUCGCUCGUGUCAUUGAGACUCAUCAACCAAUUGUCGAGACAUAUUACGGUCCAGGUCACUUGUACACACUCAUCACUCACCUGCAGCAAGAAUGCGACCGUCAGGCCCAGAAAAUAGUCGACAAGUUCAUCCAGCAGAGAGAAUACCACAGCAAGUUUCAGAUUGUCCAGAACAGCAUGAUGAAGAGUGUACCGGGAGAGAGGCUUGAGCCAAGGGAACUGGACCCCGUACUGACAGAAGUAACCCUGAUGAACGCGAGGGCGGAGCUUUAUCUGCGCUUCCUGCGUCGUCGCAUAAUGGCCGACUUUGAAGUUGAUGAUGCUCACAGCAUCACUCAGGAGCACCAACAAAAUGUGGAGAAGUUACUGAAACACUGCUCGCUGAGCAGAGCGAUGCAGGAGCUGAUUGGCUACUACAUCCCAAUGGAGGAAUAUUACAUGAGGGAGUCUGUCAACAAGGCCGUUGCCAUGGAUACAUAUGAAAAGGGUCAGCUGACCAGCAGCAUGGUUGAUGACUGUUUCUACAUUGUCAAAAAGUGCAUCAGCAGAGCUUUAUCAAGCUCCAGCAUCGACUGCCUCUGUGCUAUGAUCAACCACGCCAACUCUGUGCUGGAGUCUGACUUCAGGGAGGUCUUGUAUAAUAAACUGCGGCAGGGCUUUCCGGCUACAACGCUGCAGGACAUCCAGCGCGGCGUCAGCAGUGCAGUCAGCCUGAUGCAGAGCAGCUUACAGCAGGGCAAGUUCAACACACUGGGCAUCGAGAGCAAUGAAAACGCAAAGGCUGCAUUUCUGGUGACUCUCAAUAAUGUGGAGGUGUGUAGUGAGAACAUCACCACUUUAAAGAGGAACCUAGAGAGUGACUGCUCCAAGCUGUUCAGUCAGGGCGUUGCUUCUGGUGAACAGAAGAUUGAAAGCUGUUUGUCUGACCUUAUCAGCACAUCAACAAAGUUCAAGGACCUCUUACAGGAGGGUCUGACUGAGUUAAACACAACAGCCAUAAAGCCUCAAGUCAAACCGUGGAUCAGCAGCUUUCUGUCCAUCUCGCAUAACAUUGAAGAGGAGGAGUUUAAUGACUAUGAAGCUAACGACCCCUGGGUGCAGCAGCUCAUUGUUAACCUGGAGCAGCUCAUGGCAGAAUUUAAGACGGCCCUCUCUCCCGUCAUCUACGACACUCUCACCAGCCUGAUGACCAGCCUGAUAUCCAUUGAAAUGGAGAAGACGGUGCUCAAAUGUUCUUUCAGCAGGCUUGGAGGGCUGCAGUUUGACAAAGAGCUCCGGUCUCUUGUGGCGUAUCUCACCACUGUGACCACCUGGACCAUCAGAGACAAAUUUGCUCGCCUCACUCAAAUGGCCACCAUCCUCAACCUUGAGCGGGUAACUGAGAUCUUGGAUUACUGGGGCCCGAACUCCGGCCCGCUGACGUGGCGGCUGACCCCGGCAGAGGUGCGUCAGGUUCUGGCACUAAGGAUCGACUUCAGGAGCGAAGAUAUCAAGAGGCUGCGACUGUAACUCAUAGGGUCAGUGGUUAUCACUGAUCGCUGUGUGUUACCCACCUGCUGCUCUCCGAAGCUUCAACUCCUGCUUUUCCAUGGUUCUGUGGAUGGAUGUAGGCAUGGCACAGACACAUUACUAAACCCUUUUUUUUUAUCUGAAACAAAAGCUCUGAUUGUUCUUCAUUGGUGUUUCUGCGUAUGAUGCCUGUCUGUAUCCAUUGUAGCUUUUAUAGGCAUGGGGUUUGGUGAUGCAUGACGGUGGAGAUGAAUCGUUUUAUUGUAAUUAACUGUAAAAAUGCAUAAUUAAAAUUGUCAAAGUAUGAUUGUGUCUCGGUGGGAAUUCCAACCUUUUCACCUGUAUCUGACUGCAAGUCUCUAGACUGAGGAGUGGAGCUCUGGGCCUGUGAGAGAACCAGAGCUGUAAUGAACAUCAUACCCAUUAAACUGACAGAAGCAGGUCAGACAGCUGAUCCAGCCUAGUCAUUCAAUAUAUGAAUAGAUCCUUGUCUGUGAUGAUGGAACACUUUUAACCUAAUAAAUUGAGAGCUGGUGUGCUGCGCUUCUGAUCCCUGCCAUCCGCCACAUUUCAGAUUUCAGCUCUGCCCUCCUGCCAUGCCAGAC